AUGCCAAAGUUUGGCAGUAAAGCUUCAGUAACAAAAACAAACAAGCGGCAGUCGCGUAUGCCAUUAGCAAUAACAUCGAAACGUUUUAAAGAAUACAUGAAUGAAAAAGAGCGUGAAAAGAAGGACCAAGACAAAGCUAAACAAAAACGAAAAAUAGAAAGAGAGAGAACGAAGAAGAAUAUCAAGUUAGAACAAAGUAGGAACAAACUGCAAAAGAAAAAGAAAAUCUGUAAUAUAAAUGAUGUUCAAACAAAAAGAAGUACUAAAACAGAGCAAAUUGCAGGUGAAAUAAAUCGAAAUUAUUUUAAUCCUGGUGAAAUUACUGUUGGUGAUUAUGUACUCGUAUAUGUUACAUUUGGAACUAAUAAACGACCAAGGUUUUAUGUGGGUCUGGUUACAAAGAUCAACAAUAAAGACAACAAAAUAAAAGUUGAUUAUCUGCGCAAAAAGUCUAGCAAAUUUGACAAAUAA